AUGCCCAAAGGAAAACAACUCACCGAUGUGGAGAAGGGGCAGAUUUUGGUUCUUCACAAUGAAUGUUUGUCAAUAAGGGAGAUCGCUGAGUCCAUCAGUCGCUCGAAGACUGUCGUGCAUAACUUUUUAAAGAACCCACCGGCAUAUGGAUCAAAAAAGAGGACGGAAAGGCCCCCAAAAUUAACUCCGGCUUUAAGGAGAAGAGUCUUUAGAGAGGCGUCUAAGGGUGAAACGUCGGCCAAUCAGAUACGUAAAGCGCUUGAUUUACCUGUAAACAGGUCUCGAGUUCAAGCUCUUUUAAAGAAGGAUACGCAUCUACAGUAUACCAAGUUUUUAAGUGCUCCUUUGUUGACCCGAUUUUCAUAUGCAACAACGGCCUGA